GGACGGCCGGUGUCACCCGAGGAGCCUCUUGCAGAAGGCGGGGGAGGGAGGGAUCAAGGGUGUGAGGCCGGAGACGUCCUUUUGCCUGGUCCUUACUUCGGGCGUUUGCCUCCCUAGGAGUAGAGGAAGAAGUGGCUGGGAAUAAAACGGCCCUGUUCUCUUGGCUGCUCCUUCCCUAAUAAAGGCCCCUGGAAGCAGGCGGGAGAGAGGGUGGUGGCCUGAGGUAUUUGUUCCUUGCCAGAGAGAUUGACCACAAAGAGUCGCCAAGAUAGCUGGCUCGGGAAGAAAACGUCGCACCCCUGACCCAGACUCCGUCACUGACCCCGGCGGGCCGUUUGUCUCAUCCAAACGGCUGAAAAUGUCCAGUAGUGCCAGUGUCCCUGGUCAGAGACGAACAGCACGGGCAGUGGAUGAUGCCGCCAAUAAGAAGAAGCAGAAGGACCGAGCCAAUCAGGAAAGUAAAGAAGGCGAGAGGCCAGCUGGCAGUGACUCAAAGAAAGACUUGCUACUGGACUGGAAGCAGAAUGCUGAUGAAAUUAUUGUAAGGCUGAGCUUGGGCAGUAAGGUCCUGAAAGCCGAAGAAGUAAAUACGUCUUUCACAGACACCAGUUGUGUUGUCAAAUUACCUGAUGGCCGCCAGUGGAACUGCCAGUUCUAUGAGGAAGUUGAGAGCUCUUGCACCAAAGUACAGUACAAAAAGGGAAACAUCUUACAACUGGUGCUGCAGAAGAAGAUCCCUUUGCACAACUGGGCUUCCCUCUUAAAGCGCUCCAAGGAUGGCUCAAGGGAGCAGACCAAGAAGGCUGUGUGUAAGGAGAAUGGCAAAGAUAAACCAUCUUCUGUGGAGGACAUAACUGAGACUCUCCAGCCGUGUAGUACUGUGGAGCCAUCCAAGGGCAAACGAGAACCCUCAAACCCAAAGCGAGCUCCUGGGAGGAAUGAAACCACAGGAGGGAAGAACCCAGCUAGUCCUGGUCUGCCAGCUGGUCCCAGUGCAAAAAGGGCAGUGUGUGUCAAGGCCAACCUCUUGAAAGAAGAAGGGAACCACAGCCCCGUGCUCUGUAGGGAAAUUGACAGCCAGAGGACUGGCCUGGGAGCCCAGGGAGGUGUCACAUUGGGGCUGAAGGCUGAUAGACUGCAGAGGGAGUCAAUGCCAAUGGAAAUGCCGCUGCCUGCAGAUCCAUUGCCUCCUGAGUCUGAGCCCUGCCCAGAGAAGAGGAUAUCACAGGCCGCCGGUUCCUCUGAGGAUGUGCAGGGACCAGAAGCGGUAUCUACCUUCUGCAAAAGUCUUUCUUCUUCCUUGCCUUCUGGUGACGCUCAGAAGACAGACUGGUCCAGGGAGGAGGAGGCUCUUGAGGCUGUUGCUAAUGAACCAGAGCCCAUUGUGAAUCUCACAUUUGUGAAGAAUGAUUCCUAUGAGAAAGGGAACGAUUCUAUGGUGGUGCAUGUUUAUGUGAAGGAAAUUCAGAAGGAGAUGUCCAAGGUGCUUUUUCGGGAGCAAGACUUCACCCUAAUGUUCCAGACAAGUGAUGCCAAUUUUCUGCGAGUGCAUCCCAGCUGUGGCCGUCAUACAGUAUUCAGGUGGCAAGUAAAACUCAGGAACCUCAUAGAGCCAGACCAGUGCACGUACAACUUCACUCCUGCCCGCAUUGACAUCUGCUUGAAGAAACGGCAGAGCCAGCGCUGGGGGGGCCUGGAGGCUCCAGCAGCACGAGGUGCAGUGGGUGGUGCAAAGGUUGCCAUGCCAACAGGUCCUACCCCCCUGGAUAAAAGCCAGCAAGGAAGUAACCAGCACCCUCUGUCUACCAAAGAGGAACCACGAGGAGGUGAGAAGGAGAAGCCACGAACGGAGGACGGUGGCCUCGAUGGUGUAGCUGCGCGGACCAUGCCAGAGCAUGUGCCCGUGAAGCAGGAACCCCUUGUGCCCUCGCCCAAGCCCACAUGCAUGGUCCCACCAAUGACUCACAGCCCUGUCAACAGUGAAAGUGUGGAAGAGGAAGAAGAGGAGGAGGACAAGAAGGUGUGCCUUCCAGGGUUCACAGGGCUAGUAAACCUGGGCAACACUUGCUUCAUGAACAGCGUUAUCCAGUCUCUCUCCAAUACCAGGGAGUUGCGGGACUACUUUCAUGAUCGGUCUUUUGAGUCUGAAAUAAACUACAACAACCCGCUGGGAACUGGGGGGCGCCUGGCUAUUGGUUUUGCUGUGCUGUUGAGGGCCCUUUGGAAAGGUACCCACCAUGCCUUUCAGCCUUCCAAGCUGAAGGCAAUUGUGGCCAGCAAAGCUAGCCAGUUUACGGGCUAUGCUCAACACGAUGCCCAGGAAUUCAUGGCUUUUUUGCUGGAUGGGCUACACGAGGACCUGAACCGCAUCCAUAAUAAGCCCUACACAGAAACAGUGGACUCAGAUGGCCGGCCGGAUGAGGUUGUGGCAGAAGAGGCUUGGCAUCGGCACAAAAUGAGGAACGAUUCCUUCAUUGUGGACCUCUUCCAGGGCCAGUACAAAUCUAAGCUAGUGUGCCCUGUGUGCUCAAAGGUGUCUAUCACGUUUGAUCCCUUCCUCUAUUUGCCAGUCCCCCUUCCCCAGAAGCAGAAGGUGCUGACAGUUUAUUACUUUGCAAAAGAACCCCAUAAGAAACCUAUCAAGUUCUUGGUGAGCAUCAGCAAGGAGAACUCCACUGCCAUGGAGGUGCUUGACUCAGUGUCCCAUAGCGUGCGAGUGAAUCCUGAGAACCUGCGCCUGGCCGAGGUGUCCAAGAACCGCUUCCACCGCAUGUUCCUGCCUUCCAACUCGCUGGACACGGUUUCUCCCGCAGACCUUCUACUGUGCUUUGAGGUGCUUUCUCCAGACCUGGCCAAGGAGCGUGUCGUGGAGCUGCAGGUUCAACAGCGCUCUCAGGUGCCCAGCAUACCCAUCACCAAAUGUGCCGCCUGUCAGAAGAAGCAGCAGUCAGAAGAAGAGAAAUUGAAGCGCUGUACUCGGUGCUAUCGUGUCGGCUAUUGUAACGUAAUGUGUCAGAGAACGCACUGGUCUGACCACAAAACUUCGUGCCGCCCUGAAAACAUUGGCUUUCCCUUUAUCAUCAGCGUGCCUGAGUCACGUCUCACGUAUGCACGGCUAGCCCAACUUCUGGAAGGUUAUGCAAGGUAUUCAGUCAGUGUAUUCCAGCCCCCUUUCCAGAUGGGCAGGAUGUCACCGGAACAAAGCUUGCAGCUCCAGCCUGGUGAAAAACAAGAGCCUUUGGCCAAGAAUAGCAGUGCUACGGUGGCAUGUGCUGCUGCUGCAGCAGCUGCAGUUUCUGCUGCUGACAUCAGCGCCACCGCAAUGGAGUCAGGAGAUGGUGCCAGAGCCCCACACCUGCUGCCAGAACCCCAAACAUCUUUCAUAGCCCCUGAGCUACAGCCUGAGUUAGGAGAUUCCAGCUCUGUGAGAAGCAAGGUAACCACUGGAAGAAGCUCGGGGCUAAGUUUGGAUUCAGGCUUUUCUGAGACUUCCUUGGACACACGGUCUGAGAGUUUCCUGGAGCUACCAAGAACCUCCAAACCUGAAGCUGCCAUUCCUGGUUACCAGCAUCCAGCUGAAGGGCUAAGUUCCCACAUUACCCAGUUCUACAUCACCAAGAUUGAUGCAGCAAACAAAGAGCAGAAACUGGAGGAUAAAGAUGAUACCCCACUAGACCUUACAGAUGACUGUUCUCUGGCCCUGGUUUGGAAGAAUAAUGAGAGGAUGAAGGAGUUUGUGCUGGUUGAAUCUAAGGAGCUAGAGUGUGUGGAGGAUCCAGGCUCUGCAAGUGAAGCAGCCAGGGCAGGACACUUCACCCUUGAACAGUGCCUCAACCUCUUCACCAAGCCAGAGGUGUUGGCUCCAGAGGAGGCCUGGUACUGUCCAAAGUGUAAGCAACACCGUGAGGCAUCUAAACAGCUCAUGUUGUGGCGCUUGCCCAAUGUCUUGAUCAUUCAGCUCAAGCGCUUCUCCUUCCGCAGCUUUAUUUGGAGGGACAAGAUUAAUGAUAUGGUGGAUUUCCCAGUCAGGAGCUUGGACCUGAGCAAAUUCUGCAUUGGCCAGAAGGAUGAGCAGCAGCUGCCCAUGUAUGACCUUUAUGCAGUUAUCAAUCACUAUGGGGGCAUGAUUGGUGGGCACUACACAGCCUAUGCCCGGCUGCCCAAUGACAAGAACAGUCAGCGGAGUGAUGUGGGCUGGCGGCUUUUUGAUGACAGCACAGUCACCACCGUGGAUGAAAGCCAGGUGGUGACCCGAUACGCUUAUGUGCUCUUUUACCGCCGACGGAACUCUCCUGUAGAAAGACCCCCACGAGGGCCACCUCAUUCUUCAGAUGCUCGAACUGACUUGGCCCCAAAUGCAGAGGCAGCAGCCAAUCAGGCUUCUCUGCUCUGGCAGGAACUGGAGGCUGAAGAGGAAGCUGCCAGGAUGAGGAGCCCUUGGAGGUCUUGUAGCCGAAGAGCAAAGAACCUUGCCUCUGAAUGUCCUGAUGAAGGCCAUGUCCGAUACAUUGUCCUGGGCACCAUGGCGGCUAUCGUGGCCCUCUUCCUGAAUGUCUUCUAUCCUCUCAUCUAUCAGACCCGUUGGAGGUAGCAGCAGCAGCAGCCGCACCAGCAGCAGCAGCAGGGCACCAGGAGGGGGCUUUUAGGUAGGGGGCAGCCAGUGUAUUGCAGCCUUGGCUCGCCUCCAUUGCAUCUCUUUGGUGAAGGGCUAGGAAGCUCAUCACCAGAUAGGUGCACGAAGACACUCUGUUUCACCUCAACAUGGAGAAGAUGCCAAGUCCAGAAUCUCCUCUCUUUUCUUCCACUUGGAUGACUACUUGGCUUGUGACUGGGAAAAGGUUCUUGAUGGCUUGGCCACUUGGAGUACCAUAAUGGAACUGACCCUUUCCUAGACUUCAGUCCAUUUGAAUCCAGGCCUGGUAAAUGUAUGUACAGGAACUCCAGCAGAACCCUCUUAUCUACAGAUAUCUCUCACUGGAUGGUAAUAUGUUUGUGCUGACCAUUCUCUGCCUUGGGAUAGCUUUUCAGCCCGCCCGACCCCUUCUCUGGUGCCUAGUAUUUGAAGAUUGUGCCAGCUUUAUGAGCUGAGUAUGAGUGCUGAUCACGGAAGACGGACCAUCUUUCUGAAUGGGAAUCUGUUCUCUUCCCUUUUGGGAAGGGACAGUGCAACGCUCACUCUUCAACCUGAGGAGAUUAGAUUCCUCAUAGUGAGGCCAUCAAGUAAAUCACAAUUGUCUUCCUUCCCCCCCCCCUUUUUAACAAUGUCAUCUUUACAUGUUUUGUCUUGGCACAAGGCUCACUUGAAUAUAAGGUGUGAAGGAAAGUUUCUCAUGUUGUUCUUCUCCAUCUACCCAAACGUAUACAAUGCUAAAUGUUAAAUAGCACAAGGUUCCAACUACAGUACAGAAUACAGCAUCUUACAUGUAUCUCUGUUCCUUCUCUCUGUGGAUGCCUGUGUGUCUGUACACACAAGAUAGUAGAAGUGGGGGGGGUCUUUUUGGACUCACAAUUGUAUGGCCUUGUAUUCUUUUAAUUCAGCUCUGCAAGCUAUGGUUCCCUAUAGGCAACACAGGAUCCUUCUUGUGCUUCUAAUCUAAAUCUAAAAUCAGUUCUGCGCCAAAUAUCCUGAUGUGGGCCCUUGGUUGUCUUGCUGAGUUUAAUUUUUCCCAGGACCCUUCUGUGGCAUACAUAUAAUUGCAGUUGGUAGUUAUUAUUGCUCAUGUGGAUUAUAAAUUUAACAACAUGCUACGCAUCGAUCUUGGCACUUUCAAAGAGGGAUUUCUUUCUGUUUUUGUGGAAAAAAGGAAUGAGAUUUGGCUUUGCCGCCAGUGCCAACACUUGAGUUAUCUUUGUUGUACUGCAGGAAUGGGCACUUCCAGGCCACGUAGUGCCAAAAAACACAGCCUGAUCCAUGCAUUGUUCUGGUGGGGGUCAGCUCACACUGAGGAGGAAAAAAUCCCUGAGUCAUAUAUACUCUGCCAGCCUGGUGGAUAAAGGCAUUCAUUGUGCUUUGGGAAAGCUUUCACAAUAUUUAUUUAUUGUAUUUAAUAAAUCUAACCUGUUCUAAAGAAAUAUGGUCAGACACCUUUCUUUUCCUGUCUGCCACUCCUAUUUGAUUUAGCAGCCCCUUUAAAAUUAGCUAAAGGAUCCUGUGAGUCUCUGCCUGUUCAUGGACAUCUUCCUAAAGACUCACAGGCCUGAUGCUGGUUCUGUUUCUUUGUUAGAGGGGCUGGGGAAUGGCUUGGUCUGUUUCUUGUAUUGUGAGAUAUUGCUACUAGAGAAGAAGGCAAUAGAGAGGCCAUAGCUGCCAUAGAAGGGCUGGAACAGAGCUCUGUGUGAACCUAAAGAUUGCAGAACAGUCAUUUAAAACUGAAGUGGUUAGUCUGGCCAUUGUCUCAUCCAGAAGAAAGGAAAACAAGUAGGAAUGGGGCAAGUGGGCACAGGAAUGGAAAUGUGGGGGCAUUCUCUCUGGGAAACAUCUGGCAAGGAAGGAAAAUGUGGCACCCAGAGUCAAUGGAGCAUGGGAAAGAUUUCUGCAGGAGAUCCAUCCAGGAUUUCUGGCAAAUGGCAAGUUGUUCCUCCCCUCUUGAGACCACUAGGUGGGGGGGGGGAGGGUUUGGCCUUGUCCACUGCCAACAUAGUGUCCCUGACAGAUUGUCCACAAGAGAAUGAGAGGUAAGGAUUUCCCAGGAUCUAACUUUAAAUUUUUUUUAGCUAUAAAUAAUACCUUAGAAGGGUGUGGACAACGUCUAGUGAGUUCUAUGAAGUCAAAUGAGAGACUUGGCAAAGCUUCCAGUCACUAGAAGGAGCGUUUGUACUGCUUAACUUUUUGUUCCACUCCAUAUUAAUCGAAGGAAGAAUAUGUUAUAUACACUGAGCUAAUAUGUCAUGCAGAUUGAAGAAUUCAGAUUUUCUGAGUGCAGAAUUCAGGGAAUUUUGCCAUAGGAUUCUGCAAACAAAUUUUGGAGAAGAUUAUGUGCAGCCCUAAUAGCAGACCAUUUAGGACUGGGUGGAAGAGAACUCUAGGUAACGGCUAUAGGUGAACUGUAUUUCACAAACUCUUUUGUCUUUCAAAGUAGGCACCCAUGCUGCUUGGCUUGCCAAAACAAUAACCUGUAGUUAUUGUGCCGCAGAAUAAUUAAAAGGAUAAGAGAAGCAAAUACGCCAUUUUUUUUAACAAAGCUGGGGAGGAGUUGUAUAUGUUUCCAGUGUAUGAAACUCUGUGCCUCUUUUUUUUAACCUCCCUU